AUGACAUCACUUCAAGCCGCAGAAGAUGCAGGUCAUCAAGAUGUCCAAAGAUGUCUCAUUCAUUUCAGAGGAGGAGUGCAAGAUGAACGGCAUAAAGGUACAGAGAAGACAGAUGGAAUGACACCACUUCAAGCCACAGAAGAUACAUGUCAUCAAGAUGUCCAAAAAUGUCUCAUUCAGUUCAGAGGAGGAGUGCAAGAUGAACGGCAUAAUGAUACAGAGAAGACAGAUGGAAUGACAUCACUUCAAGCCGCAGAAGAUACAGGUCAUCAAGAUGUCCAAAAAUGUCUCAUUCAGUUCAGAUCAAAAGUGCAAGAUGAAGAGCAUAAAGGUACAGAGAAGACAGAUGGAAUGACAUCACUUCAAGCCGCAAAAGAUACAGGUCAUCAAGAUGUCAAAAAAUGUCUCAUUCAGUUCAGAGGAGGAGUGCAAGAUGAACGGCAUAAUGGUACAGAGAAGACAGAUGGAAUGACAUCACUUCAAGCCGCAGAAGAUGCAGGUCAUCAAGAUGUCCAACAAUGUCUCAUUCAGUUCAGAGGAGGAGUGCAAAAUGAAGGGCAUAAAUGUACAGAGAAGACAGAUGGAAUGACACCACUUCAAGCCGCAGAAGAUACAGGUCAUCAAGAUGUCCAAAAAUGUCUCAUUCAGUUCAGAGGAGGAGUGCAAGAUGAACGGCAUCAUGGUACAGAGAAGACAGAUGGAAUGACAUCACUUUAA